UGGUGGAAAAUGGGCAUGUUGUUUUAUGCCGAUUUUUGAAUAUUCACAUAUUCUGUUUCAAAUUGGAUGGAGACCUAGCUAAUGAGAGCGAAGUCUUGCAUCUUGCUCAUCUCAAUAUCUGCGGUGCUGCUCGUGGCAACUUAAUUCUGCUAAAUCUACCUUUAAUGACAAGUUGUAUUGAAUGAUAGUGUCCUAGGAUCAGAAGGGCCAAAGUAGUGGAAUAGUGGUGAGGUUUUAAUGGAUGUAGGGUUAGUUGGUAGGGAUAAAAAAAAAAUAAUUUUUUUCCCUACCCUUUUUGUGUCACAAAGUGUGAUGAACUAAUUCCACACUCCAGAACGGUAGGCGGACACACAGCCCACACAGGUUGGUGACAUGCACCUCUAACGUAUGCUUGGGGACUGCCAUAAUAUCAUAGAACAAGAAGAAGAAUUAGGAGUGUUAAUGGGAGGCAUUCAUGUUAUGAAUAAUCGAGAGACAGGGUGUAGUAGUGCAAUUCUGCUGGGUCCCAGACCAUAGCGGUGAGUGUAGAGGUGGAUCAAAUGAAAAGGAAUAUUCCUAGUGUUUGUGACACCUGCCGUUUGGUGAGAUGUAGACCCGGUGGCAAUAGCGCAACUGAGAAUACCGUCUCUCUUGUUGAGCUUUGACAGAGAGUUUUUACCCGAUAAAGUCAGGUUAGGCUAUAUUUUCUAUUCUGUCAGGUCCUAUGUUCCGAACUGGCUACGGUGCAUUAGGUUCCCACGAUGUGAGAAAUGUGCAGGAGGGCAUAGUUAGAGGAACAUUACAGUUGGAAUGAGAAAACACGUGUGUCAACUGUUGGCGUGCCCAUGAAGCUGUGGAUCCAAAGUACCCUGUGAGAGAGACAGGUUGAGAUUACCAGAGUUUGAGAGGGUACGUUUCCUAUGUUGAGGCAGUGAAGAGAGUAGAGGACUGAAAUGUGACCGAAAUGUGCAAUUCGCACUCUGACCUGCGAAAGACAGCAAUAUGCAACACAGCGUCUAGUCUGCCGGAAAGCCACAAGAAUAAUUUCGCCAGUUAUAAACUGUAUAUCACAAGUCUCAAAGGAGUCUAAAAACUGGACAUUAUAUUGUGGCUGCUGCAGAAACGUUUUUGGGAUUUAAGGAUUUUACAUUUUGAAGACCGGAAAAACUGCACUCCCAGGUUCCCCUUGAGCCUGUGUAGGUAUCCGAUCUGUUUUUUUAUUUUUUUAUUAACAGAAGGGGAAUCCUGUUUCCAUCCCGCAUAGUAGAUGGCGGGAUGCACAUGACAUUCUGUGAUCGCCAAUAAUAUACCAUAGAAGAAGAGAAGGAGCGUUCAUGUUUACAUCCAAACCAGUUUAGAUAUUUGUGUUAUCAUCGCAUACUGUACGUUUAUUAUUGAUGAUCCAGCAGUUGUAUUUUUCUGCAAAUGCGAAGAAGUAACGACCACGUCAAAAAGAACGAAGCCUACUUGCCAUCUAACGGUAGACGGAAGGUACGCCUGAGGGUGGCGUCUGAGACGAUCGUGUUCCUAGAGGUGUACUUUGACACUAGGCCAACCUGGGCAGAACGCAUCGAGAAACUGUUUCAGAUUCCUGCCUGACUGAGGAGAGUCAGAACGUCCAAAACGCUGAAGAAUCCUGUAUUAGGAUUUCCAGUGUCCAGAUGGUGUGGGUGUUCCUCAUGAACCGCAUGGGGUCUCAGGGCAGCACAGUGGCCCAGCGGAGACGCAUGGCCCUGGGGGUGGUCAUCCUCCUGCUGGUGGACAUCAUCUGGGUUGUCUCCUCUGAGCUCACCUCAUACAUAUUCAAGCGGCAGGAGUAUAACAAGCCCUUCUUCAGCACGUUCACCAAGACCUCCAUGUUUGUGCUGUACCUGCUGGGGUUCCUGCUGUGGCGGCCAUGGAGGCAGCAGUGCACGGGCAGUCUCCGGGGACGACACGCAGCCUUUUUUGCUGAUGCCGAGGCCUACUUUACCCCCUGUAUCAAUGACACCAGUUUGAAUGACCAUACGCUAAGUGAACCCUUGUAUGUUCCAGUGAAGUUUCAGGAUCUUCCGGCUGAACAGACAAACUGUGCCAUUGGAGAUUGUGAUUCCACCUCUAAAAAGCAACGGGUGCGCUUCAGCAACAUCAUGGAGGUGCGCCAGCUCCCGUCCACACAGGCCCUGGAGGCCAAGCUAUCGCGCAUGUCCUACCCCGCCGCCAAGGACCACGAGUCCAUGCUCCGCACAGUGGGAAAGCUCACCGUCACCGACGUGGCCAAGAUCAGCUUCUUCUUCUGCUUUGUGUGGUUCCUAGCAAACCUCUCCUACCAAGAGGCCCUGUCGGACACGCAGGUUGCCAUAGUGAACAUUCUGUCCUCCACUUCAGGUCUCUUCACCCUCAUCCUGGCGGCCAUAUUUCCCAGUAAUAGCAGCGACCGCUUUACUCUGUCCAAGCUCUUAGCUGUGGCUCUGAGCAUGGGAGGAGUGGUUCUUGUCAGUUUCUCCAGCAUGGACAGCCCUGACGGAAAAGGCACUAUAGGCUCUCUGUGGUCAUUGGCUGGGGCUGCUCUGUACGCAGUCUACAUCGUCAUGAUCAAGAGGAAGGUGGACCGGGAAGACAAGCUGGACAUCCCCAUGUUCUUUGGGUUUGUGGGUUUGUUCAACCUGCUCCUCCUGUGGCCAGGGUUCCUUGUGCUUCACUACACAGGCUUCGAGGCCUUUGAGCUGCCCAGCAAGCUAGUGUGGAUCUACAUCCUCAUCAACGGCCUCAUCGGUACCGUGCUCUCCGAGUUCCUCUGGCUCUGGGGCUGCUUUCUCACCUCCUCCCUAAUAGGCACACUGGCCCUCAGCCUCACUAUCCCACUCUCCAUCAUAGCAGACAUAUGCAUGCAGAAGGUGCGUUUCUCCUGGCUGUUUUUCGCUGGAGCGGUUCCCGUAUUCCUCUCCUUCUUCAUCGCCACUCUGUUAUGUCACUACAACAACUGGGACCCUGUUAUGGUGGCGCUACGAAGAGUGUUUGCCUUUAUAUGCCGCUCGAAACACCGGAUUCAAAGAUUGCCAGAAGACUGCGAACAGUGUGAAAGCCUUAUUCCCUUACACACCGUCUCCCAUGACAAUGAAAGCUUCUGCUUGUGAUGCACCAGCCAAUCACAAGAUGGUGAAUACAGCGCAGAGCAGCGCGCGGAAGGUGAAGUGACAAUCUCAAAACGACCAAACAGAGACCUUACCCCCAGUGCCUCUCAUUCAACCUAUAUAUUCUCUGCAGUGUGGAGAUGACCGAUCCAUCUCUACAAGAUGAACUCUUUUUCCUUUGUACAACGUUGACGCGACUCGUCGUCAACUGACGACGACGUGUGUGUUUUGUUAUGUCGGAUUUCGUUGUGUAAAAAGAAGGACUUUAUGGUACUGAAAGUGCCAGGCUUUUAUCAAUGGCUCAUACUGUCAUGUGGCCUCUUGAAAUGGUACAAGUUUAAAUAAUGAGACAGAGGCUUCAGUCAGACCAUAAGGAGAAAAGCAAAGGUAUUGUUUUUGUUGUGAGGGGAAAAGUGCUCUGAUUGGCUAAUGUAGAUGUAUCCUCUUGUUGGUUGGCUAAUGUAGAUGUAUCCUCUUUUUGGUUGUCUAUAGCCUCACUGCUUGUUCACAGGUGUGGGUUUGGAGCAAGCACAAUUCAGACCUGUUAAUCUAGAAAUAGUAUGGGUGGAAAAAGUUGGUCAUGUACUUCAUUAUCAGACUGUUUAGUUGAUUUACGAAUCCGAUUUACAGAUCUGUCCAUAUUCAUAAAUGGUCUCGGACUAGGAGUAUUGAUAUAGGAUUUGUUUAGCCUUUUAGAUCAUAAUGACUAUGAUUAUAUGGACACAGAGGACCUGCACUAUAUCAGCAAUGCUAUUGUAGGACACUUUUUUUUUUAUUUUUAAUACAGGCCCAUUUGUGCAGUGCCUACUCAGAAUCACUGUGAACAAGCAGUAUCUGAAGUUUGAGAUUAGAAGAGAGCUGAGCACAGCUGUUGACUACCGCCUUUGAUUUCUCCCCCAUACUCUACAUCCCUCUAUCUCUGGCCCCUGGCAGCCAGGCAAUGCUGGAUCAUGAAGGAAAUCUGUGAUGAAGACGUUUGUAUGCGUUCUAAUGUGAACUAAGACUAACCCCUCAACUAAACUAAGCUGCAAUACAAAAGUUAUAAUGCUGCUGCCUUUUCAACAGAAAACAGAUGCCAUCUCCAAACAGGUGUAAAUACUGUACUACGCCAUGAAAUGCAAAUAAAUUGUUACUUUAGUUUGUAUUUCACAUAAUGACCCUUCUAUACAAAUAAUAGCUUAGAUGUUCUCAGAUGUUUUACACUACUUGUUUUUGUAAAUCUUAACUAUGUUAUGACACUAAAAAAGGUGGCAUGGAUUUAAGACAGACCAAGUAAAUAGAUUUUGCAGUAUGUUUAACAAAAGCACUAUUUACCAUCCAAUUAAGUUCCCUUGGUCUUAAUAGAGACCAUUACCUAAUAAUCGAAUAACCUAAUAAUUUAUCUGUUUUUAUCAUUUCUACCACUCCUCUGUGGGCAUUAGGAGCCAUGAAUGGAGACUUUAUCUGAUUUGAUUAUUUCAACAAUUAUGUUUAAUGGUAAAAUUUAUGCCAUGAUAAUGUUUGUAUGUCCAACAAUUGUAUUUUAGACACAUUUUGUUUGAUCAGCACCUACAAUGCAAAUCAAUCACCCACUCACUCUUAUUCUGCUGCUGAUUUAAUUUGAUGAGUAAAAGCAUAUAUUUUUUGUUUUUUUGUCUCUGUAACCCUUGAUGUACACCAUGACGACGAGCAUGUUAUCAAUAUUUUUCCAUCAACUGUCAACCUGUGUACAGAACUUUAUGGAGUGUUUUCCCAGUGCUCGGUGUGGAUAGGACACAUUUUAUGACUGGCGAUAAUUGCAGGAAGUAAUUACUUGCCCUGUAAAACUGUAAAAAAAAAAAAAGUUCAGCCCCUUGAGCCAUCUUUAACUUUGUCUAACUCAGUUUUUACUUUCACAUUGUCAAAACAUUUUUUUUAUACCUUAGCCAAUAGCUUUUGUCAACAUCAGCUGUGAUUAAUGCACAAAGGAAAUCAGCUGUGAGAUGUAUUUGGUUGUUUAAUUCAUGGGGUUCCUGUAGUCUAUUUAUAUUUGCAAAAACAGGAACUCUGAAACUGUACAUCCUAUGAUAAUUGGUAAGCUAAAAUGUAGAUAUGAAACAAAUGAUCAUAUCAUCCAUUUAUGGAGUUUCUUAUCGAUGGGCAGGGUGCCAGAUACAUAAGUGCAUUGUUUGUAAUUUUUUCAAAACUCAUGUUUUUAAAAUGUGUGUGUUUUCAAAAAUUCAAAAAAACAAUCAAUGGUGCUUACGGAAUGCAUAUAUCGUAUAAAGUUUUUUUUUUUUUUUCUCAGGUACUUUUACUUUAUUUUCCUUUGUCCAAUCAGAUUUUGUUUUGAUAAUGUCCCUUCCUUUAUUAAUGGAUCUCUUUUUAAGAUGUAUGCUGAUUUAUAAAAGUGUGAUUAUCAUAGUUUACUGUAUCACAAGCUCUUUUGAUGGGAAGAUUCACCCAUUUUGAAUGUUAUAUCGUUUUUGUGCAUCUCUGAGUGAUGUUCUAUUUAUUAUUGGGAUCAUGCACAAAAACAAUGUAAAAAAAAAAAUAAUAAUAAUAAAUGGGUGAAGGUGAAUCUUUCUUUUGUCUUUGUUGUUCCGUAAGUCCCUUUUCAAUGUUAUGCUGCACUAUUAAAACUAUGUGAAGAUGUAUUUUCA